UAAACUGAGAUAAACAGGGUAUCCAGGACAACGGUGAAUAAAAACAAAGUGCCUGUGAUUCCCAUGAUUACUUUGCUUGUAUAGUUCUGUCCAGAAAGAGCUUCCCUCGCUUUCCUGAGGUUAAACAGAGCUUAGGUCACGCCGUCAACAGCUGGGUGGACUCUGCACACUGGUAAAGUGAGCGGAGGCUCCGGAUCCUCACAGUUUAACUGCACACAUGCUGGCGGAGGCCAACUGGCUGCUCUUUGUAAUUCUCAUUCCUCGGAGGUGGAUCAUCGCAGCCGCGGGGCUGACUCAUGGCCGGCUGAGAUAAAACUGCUGGAGCACGCAGGGACACAAAGAGUCUGCUGUGAGACUCUGCUCAACACUCCUCUGGCCACACAGCGCCGGCUGUGCAGAACUGGGACAGAACCUGUGGAUGAAAAGCUGAUGAUGGACCGCUCAGGGCUCCUGCUGCUGCUGGCGCUCAGCCUCAGAGCUGCAUUAUGUGCUGUGGUGGAAUGGACGGAGUUAAACGAAGCAAAGGCGUAUUUAAAGCAGUAUGGCUACUUGAACGAUCCAGCUGAUCCACAGGACCCUUUUUACCUGGAGGAGGUCAUUGAAGCACUUAGAGUCUUCCAGAGUGUGAAUGAUCUGCCACCUACUGGAGAGCUGGAUGAAGCCACGCUUGGUGUGAUGAGGCAGCCCCGCUGCGGUUUGGAGGAUCCUUUCAACAAGAAGUUUCAUAAGUACAAACUUAUGGGUCACUGGAGGAAAAAGAGUCUCACCUACCGAAUCUACAACUACACACCUGACAUGUUGAGGUCAGAGGUCAAGGCAGCCAUCCGUUCUGCCUUUAAGUACUGGAGCGACGUGGCAGACCUGACCUUCAGAGAGGUGGACUACACCAGGGCAGACAUAAGGAUCUCCUUUCACAAGAAAGACGGCUACUGCUCGGUCCCCUUCGAUGGCCGGGGUCAUGUGCUGGCUCACGCUGAGUCGCCAGAGUCUGGUGUCGUCCAUUUCGACGAGGAUGAGUUCUGGACAGAGGGGUCUUAUUAUGGCACCAAUCUGCGUAUCGUGGCCGCCCAUGAAAUCGGACACGCUCUUGGCCUGGGUCACUCCCAGUUCAGGAGUGCUCUGAUGGCACCGGUGUACGCUGGGUACCGCGUCAACUUCAGGCUGCAUUCAGACGACGUUAAAGGCAUUCAGGCACUGUACGGCAAACCCGUCAGCGACUCUUUAGCCAGCACAACAACACUAGGCAGCCUUUUCCCCACAGCGAGCAGCUCUGGACCUGCAGGAAUUCCUGAUCCCUGCACUGCAGACCUGGACGCCAUCAUGUUAGGCCCAUGGGACAAAACCUUUGCCUUCAGCGGGGAUUAUGUGUGGACUAUCUCUGAUAUGGGCCAUAACACGCCGAUAAAGAUCAGCAGACUAUGGAGGGAACUGCCUGGAAGCCUGAAUGCUGCUGUCCACUCACAGAGAACCAACAAGACAUACUUUUUUAAAGGUAGUAAAGUGUGGAGGUACACAAGGUUCAUGCUUGACUACGGCUACCCCAAACAGGCCAAACGGGUCCCUUCCAACAUCGACGCAGCCUUGUACCUGCAGAUUAACAAGAAGCUGGUCUUCAUAAAGGGAUCAGAGCACUGGCAGUUUGAUGAGCUGAAAUACAAUUUUGCCUUCUACCCCAAACCCCUGAGCAUGCUCAUCAGCGGGGUGCCAUCCUCUCCAGACGCAGCCUUCACCUGGACCAAUGGCAAGAUCUUCUUCUUCAAGGGAGACGAGUACUGGAGGGUGAACGAGCAGCUGAAAGUAGACAGAGGGUACCCGCUGAGCAAGAAGGAGCGCUGGAUGAGAUGCUAGCGACCAACCCCCAGGGGGCAGCAACAACCAGAGGAGGGCAUUCUGGCUCCCAUCACAGGGCAUUAAAAAAUAAAUAAACAACCUCAACAUCAGUGAUUAAUUGUAAAGUUGGAGAAAAAUAGUGAGAGCUGAUUUAACGUCACUGGAUUUUAUUACCGUUGAGCUGCUUCAGGCCCGUUUCUGGAAAAGCAGCAAGUCUCUGACUGAUGAAUUAUGUAAACUUGAGUCUAAUCUUGGAGAGAAAUCAAGGCCAUCUCUCUCUCUCUCUUCUUUUUUUUUCUUCCACAUAUGUGUUGGAUUAUGUGUUGCAACACUUUCAGUAAGAUGUAAGAUUAUGGCAGGAGUAUAAACCUGCUUUUUCUUGCCUGUUGUUCAGCACAUGAAUCAGAGUAAGUGUUUUUCCUUCUCAAGGGAAAAAGGUACCAAUUUUGUAUAAAAAUAAAAAGACAUCAACAACAAUA